AUGCAUCCCGUCUACGGCAUUCCUGACGGAAGCGGUGGGUUCAUUCACGACUAUCCCGAAUCGAUGCGUACCGGGCCGUUCAAGCUGUCCUACCUCCCAGCGUUCACCGAGAGUGAGAAAGCCUUGCUGAAGACCAGCCGUGCUGCGCUCACUGCCAUCGGUCUCAAUCAUUAUGGCACGAACUUGGUUGAUGCCGAAGGCAACACGUCCAACGCAGGCAAAACUAAGAUGUUCGACAAUAAGAUCCCCUUGUCUUAUUCAUUCGAGAACAAGGGUAUUCCCACCGCGGAGUCGGGCUGGCUUAACAUGGCCCCAUGGGGCCUCCGAAAGCUGCUCAACUACAUCAAAGACACAUUCCAGCCCAAUCUGCCUAUCUAUAUCACCGAGAACGGCUGCAGUGACGGCGCGAAUCGAGGUUCACAGGGCCAUUACGAUCCUGCCAGAGUGAUGUUCUACCAUGACUACUUGACUGAGGUCCACAAGGCCAUGACAGAAGAUGGAGUCGACGUUCGUGGCUACUAUGCCUGGUCGAUUUUCGACAACUACGAGUGGGAAAUGGGAUACCGCGAGAUGUUUGGUAUCAUGUAUUCGGACAUCGAGUACCUUCGCAGCCAAGAAGAGAUUGACAGGCACAACAAGACCACGAGAGGACCAAAGCUCGGUGAGGAGCACCCGCUUCUCCAUUUCGAAGGCGAUGAGAAACUGGAGAUCAAGCGGCAGCUCGUGAGUCCCAUGAUCAAGCUCCCGGCGCCUUCCAAGCAGAAGAUCGCAAAGCGCUCUUUCCUUUUCCUGAAAGACUCGCUGAUGGGAGACAACAGGAAGCUUGCGAACCCGCUGGCUUACGUGUCGCUGACACAACUCGAAGACUACCCGUUCGAUAUGAUCAAUCAUGUGCCUGUUGUGGGCUCCGCGACGCCGUGCGAGCCAGUCGCGGACGACGGGACGACGGAGAAGUUGAAGAAGGAGAAGAAGGGGAAAAAGAGCAAGAAGGUGAAGGUUACAUCCGGCAAGAUGAAGGGCUGCUGCUGA